AUCAACAACAAACGUUGCUCGUCGUUCUUGUAUUUUUACUCAAAGUAAAAUUUCGAAAAUAUUCCAUAAAAUAUUCCACACCUUCUGAGUGACCAGUAAACCUAGUUUCGCACCUAGAUUGCUUUCGCGUUCGCAUAAAUAUAAGCCACCAAGAUGGGGAAGGGAUUUAAUAAUUACAUGUGCAAAAAGUUCUUCCAUCCAGCAUCCAGAGAUAAUUUGAAAAGGGUGUGGAUGGCGGAGCAGAAGGCGGACGCUUAUAAAAAGAAGCAAGAGGAACUCCGACUCCAGUAUGAGAAAGAACAGGAUCUCUAUAAUAAUAAGGCGAUGAUAAGCAAAGAGAGCAAGGACAAGCUGAGUGUCAACUUUAUGUACGAACCACCCCCUGGAAUGAAACGAGAAAAGGAUAAAACUGGACCUGGGGGCGAACCAGAAUUCAAGUUUGAGUGGCAGAGGAAAUAUAAUGCACCGAGAGAAGACUACUGCAAAGGAAAUGAAGAGAUUCGUGACCAACCGUUUGGUAUUCAAGUAAGACAUGUGAGAUGUAUCCGGUGUCACAAGUGGGGACAUAUUAAUACAGACCGAGAAUGUCCCAUGAGAGGCCAGGCUAAUGGUGCAGAUGGCUUGGAGACGGAUCCACUGUUUCUCAUGCACCAGUUGAGGGAGGAAGGUCUAGCCAUCAAAUCAAGUGCUUUGGGUGUACGACAGAAUGAGCCAGGAACAAAUCAGGAACUUUUGGAGGAUUCUGAUGGUGAACUGCCAGGCCCAAGCAGAAAAGACAGACACAACGACGAUGAAAUGAAUGGAGACCAAGGUCUUAGUUUGAACCCAGAAGAAGCAUUCCUACAAAAGCUUUCAACAAAACAAAAACGGAAGCUCUUAAGGAAACUAGAAAAGAUGAGCAAGGAAAGAAGCAAGAAGAAGAUGUCCUCAAAAGAUAAGGAGAAAGAAAAGAAACAUAAAAAAUCCAAGAAACAGUCUAGAGAUAAAGAUAGAAGCGAAAAAAGAAGAAGCAGCAAUUCUUCUGAUUCACCUGAUGAAGAUCGCAAGCGAAAGCACAGGAAGUAACCAAAUAAUCGUCCUUCAUUGUUAAUGAAUUAAGCUUUAGGUUAUCCGUUCGUAAACCUAUACAUGUAUAACGUAGCCGAAUUUCAUCGUGGAUUCUAGUAUAUCUGCCUAGUUCUCUGAUCCUGUCAUUUAAUUUUACACAAGUCCAACCCACUUAAAAGGUUCAUAUAUCCGUAAGGUAGUUUUAUCCCUACUACUGAAAACCUCUGUAUAACCUUUGUACUUCAGACCGCUCUGAUCGCAAUGAUUAAAUGAUGUUUACUUAAUAUUAUUUUUCCAUGUAAGUAAUUUGAAUGAGAAAUAAAGCAUUACAUGUUGAAAACAUGUUCAAGCCAAAA